CGCUGUAGUUGUUUCAAACUCUCGCUCUCUAUUUCCUUCAUACAUUAUGUUUGCUUUGCGUACCCGUUUGACGCCUUUGUACGCCAGAGGCUUUGCCACUGCUGCUGCUGCUGAGACCCAGAAGCCCGCCGCCGACAAGGCUUACAAGGUGGUUGUCAUUGGAGGUGGACCUGGUGGUUUGUCUGUCUCUUCCACUGUGUCUAAAUUGCUUGGUCAAAGCCAAGUGGCUGUCAUUGAGCCUUCAAAGGUCCACUAUUAUCAACCACUCUGGACUUAUGUUGGUGGAGGUCUCAAGUCAUUCUCGGAAUCUGAACGCCCCAUGGGUGAGUUGAUCUCGCCCCAGGCAGAUUGGAUUCAGGAUAAGGUCACCAAGGUCAAUGCCGAAGAAAACACAGUUACGCUCGCUGACGGCAAGCGAAUUGGUUAUGAUUAUUUGGUGGUUGCUGCUGGUAUCCAGGUCAACUGGGAUAACAUCAAGGGUUUGAAGAACGCGCUUGGUAAGAACGGUGUCACCUCCAACUACUCUGCUGACAGUGUUCAAAAGACCUGGCAGUUCAUCCAAGACUUCAAGGGAGGCAAUGCUAUCUUUACCUUCCCUGCUACUCCCCCCAAGUGCCCUGGAGCCCCUACCAAGAUCACCUUCUUGGCUGAGGAAGCCUUCCGCAACCUCGGUGUUCGUGAUAAGACGAAUGUCAUCUAUAACCAUGCUGGAGCCAAGAUCUUUGGUGUUGACCACUAUGGCAAGGUUUUGCAGCGUUUGGCUGAUGAGCGCGGUAUUCAAACCAACUAUUUCCAUGAAUUGAUUGAAAUUAAGGCCGACGAUAAGGAAGCUAUUUUCCGCAACAACCAAACCAAGGACGUCAAGACCUUCAACUACGACAUGAUCCACGUCGCUCCUCCUUGCGGACCCCCAGCUUUCAUCAAGGAAUCCAACAUUGGUGAUGCCGCCGGUUGGGUUGAUGUUAACAAGGAAACCACUCGUCACAACAAGUACUCUAACAUCUUUGCCUUGGGUGACUGCUCUUCCCUGCCCACCUCUAAGACUGCUGCUGCUAUUACUGCUGAGUCUGGUGUCCUUAAGCACAACUUGAUUGCUGACCUUGAAGGCAAGACGGUUGAACCCGCAAAGUACGAUGGUUACACUAGUUGCCCAUUGAUUGUUGGCCGAAAGCAACUUAUCUUGGCUGAAUUCUCUGGUUAUACCGGUACUCCUAUGGAGACUUUCCCGGUUGAUCAGCGACAAAUCUCUUCCACUGCUCAGUUCUUGAACAAGGAGGUCAUUCCUGAAAUUUACUGGAGAGAGCUUUUGGCUGGCAGAUGGACCGGUCCCAGCAAGUACCGUGAGGCCAUGGCACCUUUCCGUGGCAAGUACGACUAAGUCAUACCCCACCUUUGUUUGCGACAAGGUGUGCUUCCCUAUAUAAAGAAAAAAAGUCAUCCCACCACUCUUAAAAAAAUAAAAAUUGCAGUUUCUCUUCAGCGCCGUAGAUCACCUUUGUCAUCUGCAGGCCAUCCACGGAGUAUAAAAUAAUGGAGGCGAGUCCAUGGAUAGACCUGCUAAGAGCCCAACUGUAGCUUUUACGGACUU